CGGUGGUUGCCUAGUAACGCGCUGGCAGUGGGCGCCGUAGAGAAAUCUCUAUGGUGGGCGCUCCGUUGAAACCGUUGGCGCUCCUGACCUUGGCGUCGUGAAUGCGCAAAGCAGACGGACCGUGCAAAGCAGGAGAUAAGAGUAAAGAUCUGUGUGUUUGAUAGCGACACCGGGGACGUAUUUCACACACACACACACACAUACACCCACACGCACACACACACAGCAUCAGCAGCACCAUUGUGUCUCUUACAGCUAAACGGAACGGACGGGUUAUGGUAUGGAGGAUAUCUCGAGAUGGAGCGCGUGUCAGCUUCUGUAAAAACAGAUCUGUGUACAUUGCAAUGAGAAGUGGAAGUGGAGUUGGUCCAAACCCGGUUGAGGUGUAUUCAGAUUCGAUAACCAUUGGAGUCCAGGUCACAGUGAGUGAUGUCUGUUUGACGAGGUCAGGACAGCGGGACUGAGCAGACACUACAGUGUCCAUUUUUGUUGUGCAGCGGGCUCUGUCUUGCCCAGACCAUGUGGCUGGCUACAUUUAGAGACCAUCUGUUGCCUGCACACCUGCUGCAUCAGCAAGGGACUGUAACCAUCACCCACUGUGCUCUUCUUUGGUGGAUAUUAUGCUCCUGCUGGUCAUUCACCAAGGCAACAAGCCAGAGAUUCUACCCGACGGUCACCACCCAGUUUGGGAAACUGCGAGGCCUCCGGGUCCCUGUGCCCAGCGAGGUGCUCAGGCCCGUCGAUCAGUACCUGGGGGUCCCAUACGCCGCUCCACCUGUGGGUGAGAAGCGCUUCAUGCCCCCGGAGCAGCCCUCCUCCUGGUCAGGUAUCAAGAAUGCCACCCACUUCAUGCCCGUGUGCCCUCAGAACAUCCACAACACCGUGCCAGAGAUCAUGAUGCCCAUAUGGUUCACCUACAACCUGGACACAGUCGCCACAUACAUUCAGGAUCAGAGCGAGGACUGUUUAUAUCUAAACAUCUACGCUCCAACAGCGGAAGGGAGCCAACACAAGAAAAAGGGGGCGUCUUUCUCACACGCUGAGACUCAUAUAUCUGAAGAUAUAAGGGACUCUGAAGCUCGACCUGUGAUGGUCUACAUCCAUGGAGGCUCCUAUAUGGAAGGCACUGGGAACAUGAUGGAUGGCAGUGUGCUGGCCAGCUACGGGAAUGUUGUUGUCGUCACGCUCAACUACCGGAUUGGAAUAUUAGGCUUCCUCAGUACUGGUGACCAGGCUGCAAAAGGAAACUACGGACUGCUGGACCAGAUUCAGGCUCUUCGGUGGAUCAGUAAGAACAUCGGUUACUUUGGAGGAGACCCAGGCCGCAUCACAGUCUUUGGAUCUGGGAUCGGUGCAUCCUGCGUCAGUCUGCUGACAUUGUCUCACCACUCAGAGGGUUUGUUCCACAGAGCCAUCAUCCAGAGUGGUUCUGCACUGUCCAGUUGGGCGGUCAACUACCAGCCGGUCAAAUACACUCGCAUGCUAGCUGAGAGAGUUGGCUGCAAUGUGCUCGAUACUGUCGACAUGGUCUCCUGCCUGCAGAAGAAGAGUGCUAAGGAGCUGGUGGAGCAAGACAUCCAGCCCGCCCGGUACCGCGUGGCCUUUGGCCCCGUCAUUGAUGGAGACGUCAUCCCAGACGACCCUGAGAUCCUGAUGGAGCAGGGCGAGUUCCUCAACUAUGAUAUCAUGCUCGGGGUCAAUCAGGGGGAGGGCUUGCGCUUUGUGGAGAACGUGAUGGACAUGGAGGACGGCGUGUCCGGCAGCGACUUUGAUUUUGCUGUGUCGGAUUUUGUGGACAGCUUGUACGGCUAUCCAGAAGGAAAGGACACACUGAGGGAGACGAUUAAAUUCAUGUACACGGACUGGGCUGACAAGGACAACCCGGAGACCAGGAGGAAGACCCUGGUGGCUCUGUUCACCGACCACCAGUGGGUGGAGCCCUCGGUGGUGACGGCUGACCUGCACGCCCGCUAUGGCUCGCCAACAUACUUCUACGCCUUCUACCACCACUGCCAGAGCCUCAUGAAGCCUGUGUGGUCAGACUCAGCACACGGAGAUGAGGUGCCUUACGUGUUUGGCAUCCCCAUGGUCGGCCCGACUGAUCUGUUCCCCUGUAACUUCUCGAGGAAUGACAUUAUGCUCAGUGCCGUGGUGAUGACUUAUUGGACCAACUUUGCCAAGAGUGGGGAUCCUAACAAGCCUGUGCCACAGGACACCAAGUUCAUCCACACGAAGGCCAACCGCUUUGAGGAGGUGGCCUGGUCCAAGUACGACCCCUAUGACCAACUCUACUUGCACAUCGGCCUAAAACCUCGAAUCCGUGACCACUACCGUGCCACUAAAGUGGCCUUCUGGAAACACCUGGUACCUCAUCUCUACAACCUCCACGACAUGUUUCACUACUCCUCCACCACCACCAAGGUCACCCCACUGGAUCCUACACAGUCCAACGGGAAGAGGUCCGGCAGCACCGGUCUGUCCCCGGUCUCCACUGCCCACAGUGACGGAGAAGGUGGGAGGGAGAUGGGUCCGCUGAUCAUGCCCAACCCGAGAGAUUACUCCACAGAGCUUAGUGUCACCAUCGCCGUGGGGGCGUCACUGCUUUUCCUCAACGUCCUCGCCUUUGCCGCGCUGUACUACCGCAAGGACAAGCGCAGCAGGCAGGACACGUCCCAGCAGCCCAGUCCCCAACGCGACAGCAAAGGCAACAACGUGAGCCACACCAACACUGUGGAUGAGACCCUGUCGUCCCAGCAGAGGAACCAGUGCGAGGCGCUUCACAAUCCUCUCCACGUGUCACCCAGCCUGGACUAUUCCCUCACCCAGCACCGCUCGCCUGACGACAUCCCGCUGAUGACCCCCAACAACAUCACCAUGAUCCCCAACUCGCUGAUGGGCCUCUCCAACAUGAGUCCAUACAGCACCUUCCCAGCUGGUUACAGCUCUGCAGGUCUGCCCAGCACCCACUCUACUACACGUGUAUAACCUGGGAGACAGGGAGACGAGAAACGUGACAUAUGUAAAACACGGAAUGUAAAGCUGUAUUUAGGAUGUGUAGGUAAAAUAGAAUUGAAUCUGUUCGUUCUGUCUUUUCCAGAGGUGUUAAAUCACCAACAUCCUGCCUUUGCUCUCUCAUAAUAGAAGUAUAACUGCAGAGUCAUUUUAUAAUACUCAUUUUCAAAGGCAGCCUAAAAGGGAAGAAAAAUAAAAAAGUGCAUUUCAUUUCCCACCUUGGCUUUUUUGAAACUUUACCUAGUAAGAACUUAGUAUAAUGUUUAUACAGUUGGAUUUGUAUGGGAAGCCUUUUCUUACUCUGUGAUAUCUAUUUUGAUCUCGUGGAACAAAGUGACAUUACAACCCGUGGCGGAGAGAGAUGAGAUCUGGGAAAAGACGAUAAAAAAAGCAGUAUUAUUGUUAUUGUUGUUAUUAUUAUUAUUAUUAUUACUAUUAUCGAGCUAUUUUAUACAUAUUUCUCAUGGUACAUUGCUUAUUAUGGAAAUGUGUUUUUAUUGUAAUUACUUUAAAAUGCCUUGUAACUCACUCACGUAAGGAAUGACUGUAGACACUUAACGACAAUGGAAUUUUACUGGACGCACAUGUGGUAAAACGAUCCAGUUUAUUCACAAUAU